ACUCUCUCUCUCUCUGUCUCUGUCUCUCUUCCCCCGCCCUCUCUCUCUCCCCCUCCCUCCCUUUCUUUCUCUGCCAUGUCUCUCUCGUAGGUUCCGCGGCCUGUUUCUCCCUAUCGCCCCGCGCCUUUCAGAUUCUCCUCUAUUCCAUCGCCCCGUUUCCUCGUCUUGACAGCAUUUGGACGUAUGUAUACUGGCUUUGUUUCCUUGGCCAUGUCAGCAUGAAUCGAUUACGAGUAUUAAAAUUUGCGAGGGAAAGUUGUGGGAGGUGAGAGGGCAGAAGUUAGAAUAAACAGGCAGUGACUGAGCUCUAAGAGCAGUUUUUAGUAAACCUGGAAGUCGAUAUCAUCUAGGUUUGUGAACUCCUUCCCUCUUAAAAUCAUGCCGCGGAGACGGAAAACCCCAAAGGAGCCUGAGGAGGGUUCCCGAGUGGAUACUUCAACUGAGGGUCAGGCAGCACAGCCAGGUCCUUCAGCUCCGGCAGUGCAUCCGUCACCGGCACUGCCAUCUGGUACCUCAGCCCCUUCACCAGCAUCGGAUCGGACCUCAGUUCCUCCUGCAGCUGUAUCCCCUGCACCAUCACCCAUACAGCAUCCCUCUCCUCGGCGUAUUGGAGGUGGAGUACAAGGUCAAGGACCUGGUCAAGCCUUUGCUCAAGGGCAGGGUCAAGGGAGCAAUGAAGUGAGCAGCGAUGUAUCUCUUGGACGAGGCAGGGGAAUGGGAGGGGGCGACCGUGGUUCCGGCAGGAGGGGUGGUAGGGGCCGUUUCAACAAUCAGGGACUACCGCUCAACGCCCCAGUCUAUAAUGCUCCUGGCACUUUUAGUCCACAUCCAGAACAGUUCCAGGGUCCAGGGGGACAGGAGUUUCACGAAGCGCAACCUCAGAGCUAUGGACCCCCGCCCCCGAUGUAUGUGAGGCCGUCUACUAGAGCCCCCCAGCAGACGAUGCCUCUAGCAGCCAGGCCAAUGCAACCAGCGGGGAGGGGGCCUUCGUAUUUAGGGCCGUCGCAUGGCGGAAGUCCUUCUGUGCAAGUUGCGAGUCCAUCUUCAAGUUAUGGACCAGGUGUGACUCCAGUUGAGUAUCAAUUUGGGACAAUGGUGUUGGGGGCUCCGGGAGCUCCGGGGCCUCCUCCUAUGUUGGGACCUUUGCAUGACCCCCUUACUCCUAGACAGGAACUACCUCCGACGCCGCCGCCACUAUCCAGCAAAGGUGUGAGGUUCCCUUUGCGUCCUUCAAAAGGGAGUAAUGGUCUGAGAUGUAUUGUCAUAGCCAAUCAUUUCUAUGCUGAGCUGCCCGAUAAGGAUCUGCAUCAUUACGACGUUGCCAUCAAUCCAGAGCUCCCAUCUAAGGGAAUCAACAGGGCUGUUAUGGAGCAGCUCGUGAAGCUCUACAGAGAAUCUCAUUUAGGCACUAGGCUACCUGCUUAUGACGGUCGAAAAAGUCUUUACACCGCCGGACCGCUUCCGUUUCAGAGCAGGGAGUUCGAAAUUAGUCUUACGGACGAGGAGGACGGAAGCAAUCAGCUUAGGAGAGCGAGGCACUUCAAGGUGGUUAUAAAAUUUGCUGCCCGGGCAGAUUUGCACCAUCUUGGAGAAUUUCUUGCUGGACGCCAAGCUGAUGCUCCUCAAGAAGCUCUGCAAGUUCUGGACAUUGUUUUGAGAGAGCUCCCUACCCACCGGUAUUCUCCCGUUGGGCGCUAUUUCUAUUCACCCGAUCUGGGCACGCGACGGCCAUUAGGAGAUGGUCUUGAAAGCUGGCGGGGCUUUUAUCAGAGUAUUCGACCAACUCAAAUGGGGUUGUCCCUAAACAUUGACAUGUCUUCCACAGCGUUCAUUGAACCUAAAACUGUUAUAGAGUUUGUAAAGGAUCUCCUGAGGAAGGAUUUAAACCGUAGUCUGACCGAUGCUGAUCGCAUUAAGAUCAAGAAAGCCCUCCGUGGGGUGAAGGUGGAAGUCACUCAUCGCGGAAGUAUGCGGCGCAAGUAUCGCAUAUCUGGGCUCACUAAUCAGGCCACCAGUGAAUUGCAAUUCCCUGUGGACGAUAAUGGGACUAUGAAGUCUGUUACUGACUACUUUCGCGAGACUUAUAGCUACACAAUUCGACAUCCAGCUUUACCCUGUCUCCAAGUGGGAAAUACUCAGCGUCCCAAUUAUCUUCCAAUGGAAGUCUGCAAAAUUGUUGAGGGCCAGCGAUAUUCCAAACGGCUGAAUGAGCGCCAAAUUGCUGCACUUCUACAAGUCACUUGUCAGCGACCCAGAGACAGAGAGAGAGAUAUUAUGCAGACUGUUCAUCACAAUGCGUAUCAUCAAGACCCAUAUGCCCAGGAGUUUGGAAUCAGGAUCAGCAAUGAAUUAGCGCAAGUGGAGGCUCGAAUCCUACCAGCCCCACGACUGAAGUACCAUGAUACCGGAAGGGAAAAAGAGUGCCUUCCACAAGUUGGGCAGUGGAACAUGAUGAACAAGAAAAUGGUGAAUGGAGGUAUAGUUCAGCACUGGGCUUGUGUCAAUUUCUCAUCAAAUGUUCAAGAGAAAAUUGCUCGCGACUUCUGCUUAGAGCUGGCUCAGAUGUGUCAAACAUCUGGCAUGCAAUUUGCUCGAGAUCCCAUUGUGCCGGUGAAAACUGUCCGUCCUGAUAAUUCAGAAAAAGCUUUGUAUCAACUCUGUGAAGAUGUGAAUAGAAGGACAAAGGGGAAGGGCUUGGAUCUGCUUAUUGCAAUUCUUCCCGACAACAACGGGUCUUUGUAUGGCGAUCUUAAGAAACAGUGUGAGACUGUCCUGGGGGUCGUGUCUCAAUGUUGUUUGACGAAACAUGUAUUUAAGAUGAGCAAACAGUACUUGGCAAAUGUUGCCCUGAAAAUCAAUGUCAAGGUUGGAGGCCGAAAUACUGUUCUGGUGGACGCUCUUUCUAGAAGAAUUCCUCUUGUCAGUGACAAACCCACCAUUAUAUUCGGUGCAGAUGUCACUCAUCCGCACCCCGGAGAAGAUUCGAGCCCUUCUAUUGCGGCUGUUGUGGCAUCGCAGGAUUGGCCUGAGGUCACCAAGUACGCUGGUUUAGUGUGCGCUCAAACUCACCGUCAAGAGUUGAUUGCGGACCUAUUCAAAGAAUACACUGACCCAAUGAAGGGGAAAAUGUUUGGAGGGAUGAUUAGGGAACUUCUCAUCUCUUUCCGGAGCGCAACUGGUCAAAAGCCUCUCCGUAUCAUCUUUUACAGAGAUGGAGUAAGCGAGGGCCAGUUUUCACAGGUUCUUCUUCAUGAGCUAGACGCAAUCAGGCGAGCCUGUGCUUCGCUUGAAGAAGGAUACCAACCUCCAGUCACGUUUGUAGUGGUUCAGAAAAGGCACCACACUCGUUUGUUUGCCAGUGAUCGUCGCAAUACUGAUAGGAGUGGCAACAUUCUACCAGGUACGGUUGUGGACUCUACAAUCUGUCACCCUACGGAAUUCGACUUCUAUCUUUGCAGUCACGCUGGAAUUCAGGGUACCAGUCGACCUGCACAUUACCAUGUAUUGUGGGACGAGAAUAGUUUUUCUGCUGACAGUUUGCAGUCAUUGACAAACAACCUAUGCUAUACGUAUGCACGGUGCACACGGUCAGUGUCAAUCGUCCCCCCCGCAUAUUAUGCUCAUUUGGCCGCUUUCCGAGCGAGAUUCUACAUGGAUCUAGAAUCUUCGGAUACUGGAUCUGCAACCAGUGGAAUAGGGGCAAAUCGUACACAGGUCACCGGAUCAACUGCCGCUCGCACUAAUCGGGUGGCAGGAAAUACUGCCGUGCGUCCACUUCCUCCUUUGAAGGAAAACGUCAAAAGGGUAAUGUUCUACUGUUAGUUCGUUAUAAUCAAGGAUAUCGACGUGUGGCGGUAUCCUGGAAUAUGCACGCAAUUUUUACAUCUAUCCUUUUACGCGAUUCAGUGGGUACACUGUGAUAUCUUGACUUGAGAAGUUCUGAUUGGCAUCAUGCUUCAAUGAAGCAGUUGAGAAUAGACUUCACUAAGAGAUAGCUGAUGGUGCUGGAUAUUGUUAGUCAAUAGUGUUAGCUUGAUCAUAACUGUUGCAUGUUGUAAAUACGUAGAUUGGUUCAUCUCCUUUUCAGAUAUUAUGUUGAUGCUUCAAGCCGCUUUAGUAUCAAAAAUGAUAGGCCGGUAGUGCUGCAUUUUGAAGUCAUAUUCAGCAAUCAUCCUUGGGCCUUCGAUUGCGGAGAGCAGAUGGCUGACCUGUGUAAUAUAAACGUUUCGUAGUAAAUAUUACAUAGGUAGUUGAAGUGUACAUGUGGUAGAAUCCAGGAGUUUUACCCACAUGCAUUUCAAAGGCUUUCUUCUUGGAUUA